AUGGCUGAGCUCAAGUCGCUGGGCAGCGAGGCGUACCUGGCGCUGGCCCCGGGCUACGGGCCCUCGGCUUUCGCCUACGGGGCCGUGCGGGGGGGCGCCGAGGGCCCGCGGGGCGCCUACGCGGGGGGCGGCGGGGCGGACUUCCACGCCGGGGCGAUGGGCAAGUCGGCGGAGAGCAGCGGCGAGCAGAGCGGCGACGAGGAGGACGGCUUCGAGGCGGGCGUGAAGGGCGGCGCGGGCUUCGAGCGAGAGGGGAAGCUGAAGGGGGGAGCCCUGGGCAAGAAGCCCAAGGAGCAGCGCUCGCUGCGCCUCAGCAUCAACGCGCGGGAGCGGCGGCGGAUGCACGACCUGAACGACGCGCUGGACGGGCUGCGCUCCGUCAUCCCCUACGCGCACAGCCCCUCGGUGCGGAAACUCUCCAAAAUCGCCACGCUGCUCCUGGCCAAGAACUACAUCCUCAUGCAGGCGCAGGCCCUGGAGGAGAUGCGGCGGCUGGUGGCCUACCUGAACCAGGGCCAGGCGCUGAGCGCCCCGCUGCCCGCCACCCUCAACCCCUUCGGACAGUCGCCCGUGUACCCCUUCGGCGGCGCGGCCGUGCCCGGCUGCCCCGAGAAAUGCACUGCCUUCACAGGAGCCGCCUCCGCCCUCUGCAAACACUGUAACGACAAGCCUUGACUUCUGCCUUCUUCGGGCUUUUCCUUUCUUUUGGGUAUUUUUUUUUUUUUUGGUUGGUUGGGUUGUUUUUUUUUUUUUUUUUUUUUUUUGGUUGGUUGGUUGGUUGGUUUUAGGUUUGGUUUCGGUUUUUGGGUUUUUUGUGUGUUUUUUUGGGGUUUUUUUUGGUUGGUUGGUUUGGUUUUUUUCUGUGCACUUUUCUUUCCACUGCCAUCAGCCCUGCCUUCCUUCCAUCAGUUAAGUCCGGGUUUUCUUUUUUGUUCUUCUCUUAAAUACCCCCCUCCCCAUCUGGAAAUAUUUGGCAGUUCACAUGGACCCCCAAAACACCCACUUGAUACUUUAUUUAGUUCCCCCCUCACAUGCAACUUCAUCUGUAGAGUUAUUUCCUUCCCAGCCUGUCGGUGGAUUGUGAGCGUAAUGAUGCUUUUCACUUGCUCUGAGCUACAAAGUUUUUGAGCAGUUUUGAAAGAGAACUGUAGAAAACCAGAGAGGGAGAGAGAUCUGGAAAUGGAAACCUGAGUGAAUUUGCUUUGGCAUGAUCGACCUGUGUUAAAAAUAGAUUAAAAGGAGGAAGGGGAAGCAAAAUCCAGCUGCAAACUAUGCAAUGUUUCAGAAUCAUGGGUGGAGGGGGUUCUGUGUAGCCAGCUGGGGUUGGACUGCACCCGCACAUCCAAAUGGAAAUCAUUUGGUCAGAGCUCACGGGAGGGGAGAAGUCCAGUACUCUUGCUAAAACAAUUGAUGCUUCAAAGAUUUUUUUUUUUUUUUCUCUCUCUUAAAAAAAUUAACCCGUUCUUGGACUGAGAGGAACUUGUGAUUGUAUGCUAAUGCUUGCUGUUUGCCUGUUUCUCAGCUUGGUUAAGUUUUCCAGAUGAUUUUCCAAAGUCGUUGCUCAUCAUGAUAAACAAAGCAAAAGGUGACUUAACAUAUUUAUAUGUAUUUAUAAUAAAUAAAAGUCAUGAAUAACCACUUUCUCUGUCCUACAUGUCUCUAAAAUCAGCUGGCAGUCCCUGCAAAACCCCUGCU